AUGGGAUAUAGAAGCAAAAAAACCCAGAAAGAUGGCUUGCUUCACUCCAUAUCGUUGGAAUCAAAUCAGCCGUUUCUUCUUAGCCGCCCGAAUGUCCAUUCUAUCCUGCCAACCAAUUCAAAUGACACAGAAGCAUCCAUGAAUAUGCCAUUUAUAUUUGCACCACUUGAGCCUUCCAGUAUAGCCUAUAACAAAGAGGAUCAUCCUACAUUAGAACCUGAUAUAUUGCAGAUGCAUUGUAUGCAUGAAACAGAGCAAAUAGAAGCUGAAAAUGCUAGCUGCUCUAGGCUUGUGACUCACCCUAUUGAGUCUGGUAUGCCUCAUCCUGUGAACCCAGCUACUUUGCUGUUUACAAGUUCAAAUAUGGUGCAUUCAAUGGUCAAUGCGCCAUCUGAACUCUUGGCAACAAAAAAUCCCGUUGCAGCAAAUAAUAGAAGGCAAAGAUCUGUGAUACUAAAACAUAAAAGAUGCCAAGAAAAAAAGACAUCUAAAAGUUCGCCUCCCAAACCUCAACUUCCUCUUCCUUCAAUUGUUGCCAUCCCUGCAGUGGAUACUGUGCAAUCAAAAUCAAUUCAAUAUGAAUCCACAGUUUCAGUAGCAAACACUGAAGGAAUAGAUAGAGCCAUACUCCAAUCAAACCAAGUAAAGCCUAAGAGAAAGCGUGCAGCAAGAACGCCAAAAAUAGGUCGGGAGGUCUUAAACCACAUUCCUACUGCUGCUGAUCUGCUUCCUCGCCAACGCAACUGUCCCCAUUGUAGUGCAAAAAAAUUUGCUCAUGAAACAGCAAAUUUUUGUUGUUCUAAUGGGGAUGUUAUUUUAGCUAGCAAUUCAAUCCCAACUGUUCUAAAAGAACUUCUGAUGUCAACAUCUGAGGAAGCUCAACUGUUUAGAACCUGUAUUAGAACAAUUAAUAACACAUUUGCUUUCACUUCCUUUGGAGUAAAAUGUGAUAAAGAUUUGGCUAAGAGAAAUAAGGGCAUUUAUACUUUUAAAGUGCAAGGUCAGGUCUAUCAUUUCAUCAAUGAUUUAGAGACCUCAAAAAAUUUGCAAUUCUAUUUUCAUGACAGUGAAAAUGAAUUAGCAAAUCGAUUAGAUGCCUACCCAAGAUUAACUGAGAGUAUUCUCCAAAAAACCAUGAAUCUCAUGCAGCAAAAUCCCUAUGCUAGAUUCUUUCGCGGCUUGAGAGAAGUUCAUAACCUUGAUACUUAUCGCAUUGUUUUACGAACACACCCUGGUUUAGACCAAAGAGUAUUCAAUAAGCCUACAGUGUCCCAAGUUGCUGCUUUAUGGGUAGAAGGAGAAGAAAAUGGAGAAACAAGCCGUCGAGAUAUUCGAGUGUACACCCAUGGUGGCCAUUCACACAAUAUCCAAUAUUACUAUGGCUGUUAUGACCCUCUCCAGUACCCUCUUUUGCUUCCUUUUGGUGAAGCUGGUUGGCAUCAAGGGAUUAAAAAACACGGGAAAAAGGUGCACAAAAAAAAGACUAGGAAAAGGGAUGCUCAAAUUUCUAUUUCUCCAAUGAAUGCUUCUACUGCUGAAGAGUUAAUACAAAUGGAACAAGACUUAAUGGCAGGAAUAGACGGCGAUCCUGAUUUCGUUUCCAUCCGUGAAUACUAUGCCUAUAAAUUGCAAAUGAGAAAUGAUGAUGAAUCUUUCUUACUGCACUUUGGUAGGCUAUUUCAGCAAUAUGUUGUUGAUAUGUAUGUUAAACUUGAAUCACAAAGAUUAGAUUAUUUGAGAACCCAGCAAGAAGAAUUUAGAAAAGAAUUCUUACAAGGUAUAGUAGACUCAAUAGGUACUGGUGAAGUCCGGGCAGCAAAUGUCGGUCAAAGAGUAUUUUUACCAGCUAGCUUUAUUGGAGGACCAAGAAAUAUGAGAAGAAAAUACAUAGAUGCAAUGACUUUGGUCCAAAAAUUUGGCAAGCCGGAUAUAUUCUUGACCAUGACUUGCAAUCCCAAUUGGCCGGAAAUAAAAGAACAUUUAUUGCCAACAGAGGAAGCCCAAAAUCGACCAGAUUUGGUUGUAAGGGUCUUUCGUGCUAAACUAGAAGAAUUAAAGAAUGAACUUUUGAAGAAAAAUAUUUUUGGAGAAGUGGCAGCCUAUACAUAUGUGAUAGAAUUUCAAAAAAGAGGCCUGCCACAUGUUCAUUUUCUUUUAAUCUUAAAGCCUCAGCACAAAAUGUUCAUCCCUGAUGAAUAUGAUAAAAUUGUGAGUGCAGAAAUUCCAGAUAAAACAAAAUAUCCGCACCUGUACAGAAUGGUUAAAAAACACAUGAUGCACGGUCCUUGUGGUGUGUUGAACCCAUCAAAUGUUUGCAUGACUAAGCAUGGCUGCUGUAAAAAUUCUUAUCCAAAAGAGUAUUCUGAGCAUACAAUUCAGACACUAGAUUCCUAUCCACAAUAUCGAAGAAGAAACAAUGGUGUUAAGAUUAAAGUCAGAAAACAAAAACUUGAUAAUACAUGGGUUGUUCCUCAUAAUGCAUAUUUACUUGCUAAGUUCAAUUGCCACAUUAAUGUUGAGAUCUGCUCAACAAUUCAGGCUGUCAAAUAUAUUUACAAGUAUAUCUGCAAAGGCCAUGAUCGAAUCAGUUUCCAUAUCAAUUCUGAUAAUCCAAACAAUCAGAUUGAUGAAAUUCAGCAAUACCAGGCAGCUCGGUGGGUUUCCCCGCCUGAAGCUGUUUGGAGACUAUUUCGCUUUUCCAUGGGAGAAAUUAAACCAGCUAUCAUUCACCUUCAAUUGCAUCUUCCAAAUUUUCAGCCAAUUCACUUCAAGAAGCAUGAGAAUUUAAAUAACAUAGUCAAAAAUCCAAGAAAUAGGAAGACAAUGUUGACUGAAUUUUUCUAUAUGAAUAGAACAGAUUCAGUUGCACAAGAACUAAAUUGCACAUACGCUCAAUUUCCAGACCAUUUUGUCUGGUUAGCUAAAGAAAAACGCUGGAAAAUUAGAGAUAGGGGAGAUUCUAUAGGCCGAAUAAAUACAGCUCAUCCAUCUGAGGGAGAAAGAUAUUACCUUAGACUUCUUUUGUCUAAAGUUCGUGCUCCAAAGUCUUUUGAAGACUUAAUGACUCACAAUGGAGUGCAAGUUACCACCUUUCGUGAAGCAGCUCUCUUACGUGGCCUUCUUGAGAAUGAUAAUAGUCAGGAAAUUUGCCUACAAGAAGCGUCUCUUUUUCAUAUGCCUUAUGAAAUGAGACGCCUUUUUGCUACGCUAUUAGUUUAUUCCUGUCCUAAUGACCCCAAACAGCUAUGGACAAAAUUUGAGGCUGUCAUGUCCGAAGAUUUCAUGAGAAAUACUUCUUUGUCUCCUACAGAAAUCAAACGAAAAGUUUUAGAGCAAAUAAAUGGUUUUCUACAGUCAAUGGGAAAAAAUAUAGCUUCGUUUGGCUUACUUCCUAAUAAUUUCUCAUUCUCAGAUGUAGACAACCAAACAAGAGAUGUAUUGGCUGAAAAAAACAUAAAAGUUCUUGAAGAGGACUUAAAUGCAAUUUCUUUGCUUAAUCUGAACCAAACGCAUGCAUUUGAAGUUAUAUCUAAAAGAGUUUAUGAAAAUAAGAGUGGUGCAUUUUUUGUUGAUGGCCCUGGUGGAACUGGAAAAUCUUUUCUUUAUAGAGCGUUGUUAGCUGAUAUUAGAUCAAAGGGAUAUAUAGCAUUAGCGACAGCCACAUCAGGUAUCGCUGCAUCAAUACUACCUGGAGGUAGAACUGCUCAUUCUCGGUUUAAAAUACCAAUUGAUACCUCACAGGGUAGAGCAUGCAAAAUUAGUAAGCAAAGCAGUUUGGCAAGUAUGAUUAAGGAAUGCAAAUUAAUUAUUUGGGAUGAGGCUCCAAUGUGCAAGAGAUCUGCGAUUGAAGCUUUAAAUGAUUUUCUUAGAGAUCUUAUGAAUUCAGAUAAGAUUUUUGGUGGGAAACUCUUGAAAAAUUAG